AUGAUUGGAUCUGAUAUAUAUAUAGUGUUGCAUAAAUUUUUAUUGCAGUAUCCAUUGACUCGUAAGAGCGGGUACUUGAAAGAAAAGCUAAAGGAAUCGAACGAGGUGGAGUUGCCUCCCGAUUUCCCAGGUGGGCCAGAAACCUUCGAGACCAUAGCACUAUUCAUCUAUGGUUCGUCGACAUUAGUAGAUCCAUUCAACGUGUCGUCGCUAAGAUGCGCAGCGCAGUUUCUCGACAUGACAGAAGAAUACAUGCCCGGAAACCUAUGCGACCGCUUCGACGUAUAUCUGAACCAAGUUGUACUCCAAAGCUGGAACGACACCUUAAUUGUGCUCCAAAGCUGCCAAACACUGCUCCCUUGGUCCGAAGAUGUUCUCAUCGUGAGCCGAUGCAUCGAGACACUUGCUUUCAUGGCUUGCAUGGAGAUUCUCGAUCCCGAAAGGAGAAGGGAUCACCCUGUUAUUACAUUGGAGUCUUUGUCUUGUAUGCCUAAUUGGUCCGAUCAAACGGUGAUUAAAGAAAUUAUUAGCCGAGAUUUGUGGAUUAAAGACCUUAUUGCUCUUCCGUUUUCAUUCUUUAAGAGGGUAAUUGGAUCUUUGAGACGACAAGGUAUGAAGGAGAGAUAUGUGAGCCCCAUAAUACUUUUCUAUGCACACAAAUACCUGAUCUCCAGAAACAACCGAAGUCACGAGGGGACUUUCGACGAUUCAUUGAGAAAUGUCACGAGUGUUAAGCUGCAAGGGGUUAUUGAUUUGCUGCCUGUCGCAAGUAAAGUGAUCCCGAUCGGUUUUUACUUCUCUUUGCUCUCUACUUCUGUUGAUCUUUGUCUGAAAAAUGAGUGUGUGGCAAAGCUGCAGAAUCAGAUAGUCUCCGUGCUGCAUUUGGCUCGGGUACAAGAUUUUAUCCUACCAAAUGACGAGGAUGGCACUAAGUUGUCCAUAAUGGAGACUAUAUUUUCGACGUAUUUGUCCUGUAAUAAUAAUAAUAAUAACUUGGAUUCAGAUUCUACUCCUACUAUAAGAAACAACUUUGUUGUUGCACAACUAUGGGACGAAUAUCUAAAUCAGAUAGCAAUAAAUUCAGAUUUGAGUUGCAAGAGAUUCAUCAAUCUCAUCGAAACAGUUCCGAUUUCCGUUAGGCAAACACAUGAUCAUCUCUACAGAGCAUUAAACACUUUCUUCCAGUCACACCCGAAUUUAUCCCAGGAAGAGAAAGGGUUGGUGUGCAAGCAUCUAAACUGCCAGAAACUAUCACAACAUGUUUGCAUUGAAGCCGUUCAAAACAAGAUGAUGCCGUUGAGACUGAUAGUUCAGGCGCUUUUUGUGCAGCAAUUGAACACUCAAAAGGAUUUGAAAGAAUGCUCAGACUCGUUUAGGUAUACAAAUGGUGGAGAAUGUUCUGGAAGCCUCUCGAGCUCAAUAUAUGCAAACUCCCAAAGCCAAAAUAUAGGUGAUAGUCCGUAUAUGAAUGGAAGUGAAGGAGGGAGCAGGCCACUUAGCUUCUUCAUGAACAAAGAUUCAUCUAUGCUAAUUAGGCCUCACGAUCAGUUGAUUAUGAGUUCCGAUAUCUCGAUGAAAGAUUAUGAGUCUGCGAGUUUCAGAAUUCAGACUCUUGAGAAGGAAGUCUUGUCGUUGAAGAGAAGACUUCAGUCGCAAAAAAAAUCAAACAAGAAUGACAAAAGUAGUUGGAAGAAAAUCGAGCCGGUUUCGGGAAACAUUAGAGCACAUAGCGUGGAGGAAAGAAGACUGAGCAAGAAGAAAAAUGGUGGGGGACAAGUUAGUACAAGUUGCAUAGGGACUGCGAAUUUUGCUUCACAGAGGAAAUAUGUGAAUAGAUUACUAAAGGUACUACAAAGGAUAAGUUUGUUUGGUAGAGGGAGAUCAUCCAAGAGAGAUUAAGGCUCGUCGAUAGAUAACUGCUACCAUAUAUGCAUAAAUAUUAAUCCGUCAAACGACUUGUCUGUGUGUACUCUCGCUUGUAUCAAAUAUAUGUGAUCAGGAAUACGAUUAACGAACUCAUAUGUAACAAUUGCAGAAUAUCAUCACAUGAACAACAGCAUCCAAAAAUGUAAUUAAUGCAAGUAUACGUUAAAUAGAAUGAAUUUCUUGACUAAUUCGUAUAUAUGCAUUCACUGAUUUGGAUAGGGGUUCGUUGGUUUAGAAAGUUCACAUCACUGCUACUUCUAGAAGCGGAAGAUAUUUCUCUAAAGCAGCCAUGAAAUUGGUGUACCAGUGAUGGACUUAGGCAUAGGUAAUAAAAUUCUCUAGAAAAGUAAAACGUAACCGUACUAAAAAAUAAUAAUCAAACUGGAAUUGAAUAUAUCUCAAGUAUACAUCACAAUACCCACCCAUGUGAAUAUUUAUACAUACAUACAUACAUACAUAUAGCAAUCUAUCUACUCUCUCUUGCUAUUACAAAACAAUAGCAGUACUAACUAACAACACAAGAGAAAUAAUAAAUAAUCAAAA